AUGGACCUGGUGGUCGUUGCAGACUCGGCUUCCUUGGCCCCUACCCUCCUGGGUGGGCCAUUGGUGGUCUGGUCCGAGGCGACCGGCGGGGAGUGCGCCCUCUUGGCCUUCGCUGCCGACUUUUGGCUGCUGGGCCUCGCCUGCGGCUGUUGCUUCUCGGCCCCGACAGCGCCGCGGAGGCAGACUCGACCUCUACGAGGGCCUUUGGACCGCUGGGCCGCUGUCAGCCGCCGAGCCCUGUUCUUCUUGGGGCGAAGGCGCCGAAUCUCCUUGGCUUUCGGGCACUAUAGGGAGGUGGACCUCCGCAACACUGCGGGUUCUCGACCGAACGCAGCCCGCAGAGCUCGGAGAGCGAGCACGCCACGGGCCGCAGGACUUCUUUACGAAGGUCCGGCCCUAGCGACGCGAGCCCCUCUGGCAACAAUGGACCCAACGGAGGCGGAGCGCGAUAUCGGACCUCGCCGGCGUCCUUUGGAGACCGCCAUCAAGCUGGCCUUGGGCCAGCCACAAAGGGUCCGGGAGAUCGUCCUCAUUCCCCGGCCUUCUUGGGACGCCGCCAUCGCAGCCUUGAAGGUCAUACCGCUGGAUGCUGAUGGCGCACCAGAGCCCGCACGGGACCCGACGCUUGUGGAGCUGGCGCGGCUUGAGUCGGUUAGGAGGGUGAGCUGUUUGAGGAUGGGCGUCACGCCCGACAGCCCCGGUGCCGCUGGGCCCUCGGCUCCUACCCCGGCCAUGGUUGCUGCGGGCCCUGCCUCGCCUUCCGGAGGCCGCAAGCUCAAGCUUUCCGCCAUCCUGGACCCGACGCUGGAUGCAGAUGUGGUGGUGCUAGAGCAGACGGAGACACAGACGCUCUACACCGAGUACAAGAAGAAGUACGGGGACUUCCCCUCACACGAGAGUGACCCCUCGCUGGAUCAGCUCUCGGCCCUCAAACAAGUUUUGCAAGCGGGGGCGGCCCCUUACACCGACUUCUCCUUGUUCGGACCGCAUGGCCUUCGGCUCCUCCGCAAACAAUCCUUCACGGCCUACGUCCUCAACGUGUCCACAGGGGAAUGGACAAAGAAGGAGCAACCAGGCCCAGGCUCCUUUCAUGCCUGGUACGAGGCCUGGAAGGUCUACCGAACAGCCAUGCUCCUGCUCGAGGUUGUGGACUCCGAGCGCCUCGACAGCUACGCCGAGCACGUGCGGAGUUUCCUCACGCAGUUUGGGGACUCCGCCUGGUGGUUGAUCUACAAGGCGGAAAAUCGCCUGAGGUGCGAGCACUUAGAGCGCCUGCGCCGCCGACUUCAUGAUCAACCAGACUUCGGGUACACGCCAGCCCGGCCUUGGAACGCGGCGUUCGCGGCGGCGGUGAAGGACAUGGAGUUUUGGACGAGGGAGCUGGUCACCCCGGCCACGCUUUGGCUUUCUGGAACCUCGGGUCCACCACGGCCGGCAAUCCCGCCACCGAGCCAGGAGGAGGAGCCGAACCCACGACCUGGCAAGGCUAAGCGCAAGUACACCGGCGACGACCACAGCGAGAAGGAGGGCAACGUGUUCGUCAAGAACAGGCGCGGGGCCGGCGGCGGGGGUGCCACUCCGUCAGAACCUUCUCGGGCAACCGGGGGCUCAGCGGGGGCACCUCAAGCCGCCACUUCUGCUGCUGGAAAGGCCACUGGGCCCAAGGACUACUUCGCCCCGACGCCCAAGAUCAGAUCUGGUGCCGCUGCCCGGCUCGACGACACGGCGGAGCUCAUACGGAGGACCGCGGCUUCCAAGGCGGCUCUCUCGCCUCCCCCUCUGAAGCGGAAGAAGCCGGACGACCCGCCACGAGACCUGGGGCGGCAACGGCCAAGGCCAGGCAGCGAGCGCAAGAGCACAAGCAGUCAGGUGGCGCAUCUCAUCCCGCCAUCGAGCCACAAGGUGCCUCUUUACCGGCCCAUGGACAGGGGACCUCGCGCCCACGGCACUUGGUUGGAGAAGCCCGGCGAAGCCUCGUAUUCCGAAUGGCGCCACAACGGCUUCGGCGAGGGCCCCAGCUGGCUGGCAGACUAUGGGUUCCUGGUUUGCGCCCUGGACAAGCGAGCCACCGAACCGACUGACCUCCUGGACGAACCGGCCCACUCAGCAAUCCUUCGCGACCUGGUCGGCAGGUAUGCAGUGUUCUGGGCGGCCCCUCCGUGCGGCACUUUCUCGCCUCUACGCGAGGUCCGUCCCGGCCCUCCGGUACUGCGGAGUGAGCAGCACAUCGAGGGUCUGCCCAGCCUUGGCAAGAAGGAGAAGGAGCAGGUCAGGACCGCCAACCUACUCAUCGAGCGGUGCUCUGAUUCAGUCGUGGCGAUGUGGGACCUCAAGCUCACUUGGGGGGUGGAGAAUUCCGACCACCCCGUGGGGAAACCCAGCCUAUGGGCCAUGCCCUCCUUCCGGGCCAUUAUCGACCUCGACCGCGUCGGCGCAGCAGACUUCGAUCAGUGCCGCUUCGGCCUGGAGACGGUGAAGCCGACUCGGUUCCUGUUCUCCGCCCACGUAGACUUUGCCAAACUACACGGGCAGCGGUGCAACCACCCGCGCGGCACCCAGUCAGUGGCAGGCAGGCAGGUCUCUGAUUCGGCGGGCCACCAACGCUGGGCAUCUGCCAACCAAGCCGAGUACACGGCCCACCUCUCACAGAUCAUUGCGGAGGCUCUUUACCAAGGUGCUGAGUUCGAGGCUCUUCCCUCUCGGGGCCCGCAGACCGAGAGGGAGGCUGAGAACGAGCGGGCGCUUGGUGGCCUGCGCAACCCCAGGCGUGCACUGACUCGACUUCCCAGGUCGGCCGCCGUUGGAAUUGCCAUCCGUCGGCUUCUGUCACGGGCCGUGGAUCUUUGGCCCGAGCUCCUGGACCCUGCCGUGGCAAUACUUCGUGGAGAAGAGCCGGCAGACUUCAGCCCGGAAGCCGUCAGUUCGGAAGAGGACGGCACCGCGGCAACACCCAUUCAGGCAUCUGUGCUCGAAGCCUGGGGUGACGCCACCGAUGAUCCGGAUGCCAAGCUCCUGGCGCACUGGUUGGAUCAUGGCGCCCCUCUCGGUAUCGAGCAGGCGGUGCCGACCACGGGCGUCUUCAUCCCGGUUUCCCGGGAUGGCCAAAUGCCGGCGUGGCAGCUUGACAGGCGAGCUUUGGAAGGCUGGAAGAAUUACCCUUCGGCCGAGGCAGAAGAGGGCACCCUUCGCGACCUCCUCGACGACUAUGUCAACCGGGGUUUCUGCGUCUUGGUCGCCACCGAGGAGGAGGCCGAAGCGAUCCUAGGAGGGCCGCCUGUUCUGAACCGCCUGGGCGUGAUCGCGAAGGACAAAACCGAUGCGCAGGGCCGGCCAGUCCGAAAGGCACGGGUUAUCUGGGACCUAAGGGAGUCCCGAGUUAACUUGGCGUGCUGCCAGGGCGAGCGGAUCCUCCUGCCCCGGCUCCUUGACGUUGUCUCCUCCCUUCUUCGAGUCUACAGAGAAGGGGGAAAGCCCUACUUGGCGGGCCUCUACAUAAAAGAUGCGUUCAUGAACGUGCCGGCGGGCCCGGACCGCAAGUUCACCGCUGCGGCGGUCCCAUGGGGCAUCGUGCUGUUCAACACGCCUGCGGUCGCUGACACUGACCCACAGUGCUAUGUUGACGACCCGGUCUUUGUCAUGUUCGGGCCCGGCCUUGGCGCAGCCGCCCGUGACUUGGCCAUUACCCUCCUUUGGGUGGCCGUCACUGGCUUCCCGACGAAGCUCAACAAGGCCAACGGCGGGAAGACCAUAGAAUGGGUCGGUGCAAAGAUUGAAUGCGACGAUGAGGCGGAGACGGUCACGGUGACCAUCCCCGAGCACAAGGUCAAGCAGCUCCUCGCCGACACCAACAAGCUGCUGAGCCGCCCGGUCAUAGGCGCCAGGGAGCUGCGGUCGUAUGCCGGCAGCAUGUCUUUCAUUGCAGGCUUGGUGCCUCACCUUCGACCCUUCUUGUCCACCUUCUGGUCGGCGCUCUCUACGUGUGGUUUGGCUAAUGAUGGCCGCCCCGCCCGGAAAGCCAGAAACCUGAUCCACACUAAGAGGGUGGCCCCUGGCCUCAAGUGGAUACGAGCGCUGUUGGUGGACAACGUCCUGCAACGGAUUUUCUUCGCAAAGCCCGCCCACACCGACGUCGAGAUCGUUACCGAUGCCAGCCCGUGGGGCAUUGGUGGCAUCAUGAGGGUGGGCGGCAAACCCACCGAGAUCUUCUACUCCAACCUCCCGGACGAGCUCCUCAAGAAGUUUUCGGCCGAGAGGGGUGUUUCGAAGUUUAACACCCUCUGGGAAGGAGUCGCUCUUUUGGUGGCGUUCCGCCUUUGGCUCCCGAACCUCUCUUUCGGAGCCGUGUACAGGGCGAAGUCCGAUAACCUCGGCUUCCUGCGAGCCCUAUCGCGUGGAAGCGCAAAGUCGGCCACUUUGAAUGUGCUGGCCCGCGAGUUUUCGCUGGACGUCGCCCUCCGGUCGUAUCAGGUCCGGGGCCUCGCACACAUUCCGGGCAUCAGCAAUAUCCAGGCCGAUGCUUUGUCACGCCUGUUUUCUCCCGAGCCGAAGCACUUCCCUCCAGAACUGGAGCACGUGCCGGCCAGAACGGUGGACCUCACCGAGGCCUUUUGGAAGGUCGUGUGA